AGUGAACAACUCGGAUGAUUUUUUACCAAAAUUUUCAUAAUUUUUGUAGUUAAAUCGUUGGAUUUCUCCGUUCAUUCAUUGUUAUGCUUGCAUUGGUUUAUCACACUCCCCUCCCAUCUCCCCCAUCCCGGACUAAUUGAGUGAUUAAUUAACUGGGAAAUGUUGAUCAAGUGUGGAUCGAGAGGAAAAUAAAUUGAACGAGAGUCUGUUGGUGUUUGUAGGCCGUAAGUGGUGGCGAGAGAGCCCAAGGAAGGACUAAAAAUCCCCCCGAGACGACAAUAAAAUUCAUCCAGACUCAAAAAAACAAACGAUUAAUCACGUAUUUUCGGCUGUUGUGGCAGUGGUGGGUGAUAUCAUCGGUAAUAAGCGUGAUCUGGUGGUGUUCAAGUGCUGGUGUACCUCGAGAGGAGCCCCGGGACGAUCCCCCGGAGACGAAAAAGCGUCCAAGGAUCGGGAAAUUAAUCACUAAUAUUUCUUAAUCGAGCAAAAAAUCGGGCAUUUCGUUGGGACGAGGACUUUUUCCUUCAUUAUUCCGACGGCUGGAGUCAGCUUUCAGGACUGCCCUCGAACUUCCGACAGGUCUGAACAUGAGUUCAGCAUCAACUGGUGGUACUGAGGGAUCAAGUCCUGCAUCGAGCCCAGCAUCAGCUGCUAGUCAAGCCAUGGCAGCACCGAAAUACGGUACACUAGUGCCAAAUCGUAUAUUUGUGGGUGGAAUAUCGGCGAACACAAGUGAAGCAGAAUUGGCGCAGUUGUUCUCAGCUUAUGGAAAUGUCAAAGCAACGAAAAUUAUUCUUGAUCGUGCGGGAGUCUCCAAGGGGUAUGGAUUCGUCACAUUCGAGACUGAGGAGGAGGCUAAACGCCUCCAACAGGAUUCCGAGGGAAUUAUUCUUCGAGAGAGAAAAUUAAAUAUUGCACCGGCUAUUAAAAAACAACCUUUCAAUCGGUCCUUCGACGGCGGCUCUGGCUCUCCACCUGCUGUGCCUACAAGCCCAUAUUAUUAUGCUAAUGGAAUGGGAUUACCUUAUCAAAAUGGAUUGACGUUCUACAAUGCAGGUGCCCCCGCUCCAGGAACACCCCUGGCCCCACCAACAGACCCAGCAGCUCUGUACCAAGCGGCUGGAGUAUUUGGCCCUCAGGCAGCUUCUGCACACCAGACAUUCGCGCCAAUGAUUUACCCGUGUCCAGCACCAUCCCUGUACAUGCCACAUCAGUAUCAGUAUUCUCCAAUGCCCUAUGAGUCGUAUUACACUGGAGCAGCUGGUGCACCACCUUAUAUAUACACAACAAGCAGUGGAACAGCUAAUGGAACGAGUGUUGGUACGAGUGCACAAAAUACACCAGUGACUGGUGCAACGAGUCCCCAAGCUAAUCAUCACUUUUAUCCGGGUUCAGGGCCACCAGGUGGUCCACCCGGUCAUCAUCACCACCAUCAGACUAUUCCCAGUGGUCCAGGAUCCAAUCACCAGGGGUUGGAUCCUAUUUAUUACAGUUUUUCUGGACCACAUCAGCCACAGGGACAGGGAACACCACAGCACGGAAACAUUGGACUUGGUGAGCAACAGCUGCUGCACUUUACGACUGAUUGCCAACAGUCUGCCAACUCUGAUGGUCAGGGAGUUAUACAAGAGGAGACACGAUCGACGUCAAGCCACUCGCAAACCGACGUAUCCCACCCCCACCAGUCCCAACCAACCCUCGACCAGUCCCCAACCCCCUCAAACCCCCCCACAACCCCCCUGAUGUCCCUGAUGCCCCUGAAAUAUCCCCUGACCCCCAGAUACUCAAACUAUCCUCACCCCCUUUCCCUCCCCCUGACUCCCACCCCCCCACAGACAUACCAAACAGAGCCUGAAGAGGCAUCCACAGGUCCCAUGCAUUGUAGAACAUUCCUGUACCAUCCAUUUUACAUUCAGACCCCCUACAACACCCCCAGCCUCCUGCCCACCCCCACAAAUACCCAGAAUACCUCUCAUAAGAGUCUCUACACACCUCCAAGAGGCCAAAAUGGCUACUCCCUGUUCUCAAAUAUCCACCAGGCCCAUUAUCCCAAGUCCCAGGCACAAAAAAAUCCACAAACACCUCGUAAAUCACCAACAUCUUCCUACGUCGUCACCAGGGGCUUUGACAGAUCAAGUGCUGCGUCAAAUACAUCGAGAUCGUUCAGUGGUAAAAGCAGUGUUGAGGUGAACAGUGGACGUAGGAACAUGAGAAAUGGAGGAAUUGGAUACAAGAGUGGGAUGAAUGGGCCUGGAGACGAGGGUAAUGGGUCUGAUAAAAAUACUAGUCCACCACCAGCACCGUACUCACCUAUGACGAGACCAUUACCGAAUUUUUCACCAACGAAUCUUCAGACGCAGUUCUACAAUGCUCAGGGACGUUACCAAGCCCCAGGACAAUCCCCCAGCACUCAGACCCUUCCCCAGGCGCCACCCCAACACCAACGUAGACCAUUACCACCGCAGAAUCCCAUUGAGGACAAGAAAAUGCAGGGGAGAUUUGGCCUCAAUCAGGGCUACUUCAGAAAUACAAAGCUCAAGGUCAACGGUAUCAACUCCAAGACAUUGAAGGAUGGUAUAGGAGCGGCAGGUGAUGCUCAGGGCGCCAGGAUACAGAUGACAUCCCCUAGAAAUCCCCAGGAUAAUCAGAUUUCAGGGGCAUGCCAUCAGAUGGAGGGUCUUACUCUCUAGAAAUAACCACAGAAUCAUCUUUGCUCCCUUUGAAUAAUCAUUUUCUCGUGGAAAUCAAUAUUUCCCAUUUAUUGUUGUCAAUAUUUUGAGGAGAAUAUUCCAUUUUUCACUCUCAAAAGUAUAAAAAAAUAAUCAAAACUCUGAUAAAAUCACUUUGAUUGUUUUUUUAUUAUUAAAAACGAGAGACAAUUGACGAUAUUUGAGAGUGAAAAAUACAUUUUCUGGGCCUACGUUUGUUUUCCAUUUUUGAUGGCCUAAAAAUGUCGUAAUAAUCCUCGAUAUGAAAUGUUGAAUGAUGAAGAAAAGGCUCUUUAAUACUUCCUGAUUAUAUAAAAAAAUCGUUAUAUAAAAAACGUUAUUAUAUAUAUAUGUGGUAAGGAUAUGGCAUGUUAAAGAUUUAAAAAACUCUAAUGAUUAUUUAAGGAAGUUAUUAUAGGCUUUUUGUUUAAUAUUUAAAACUAAUAUAUUACGAGAUUAUAUAUAUAUAUAUAUAUAUAUAUAUAUAUAUAUAUAUAUAUAUAUAUAUACGUAAUGUUGAGGAAGGAAGAGCACGCAUUAUUUAUAUCACUAAGAGGAUAAAGGAUUUAGUGGGUAAGGAUUAUUUAGUUAUUUAGGUAAUGGGACUUGAGAUCGUUUGUAGAGUAGGGAAAAUCGGUAGGUUAUUUCUCGCAUUGUGAGGGGUAACAAAUGCUAGGCUCUUAAAUACUGAAGAUAUAUUUGUGAGCAAUGCUAGAGUAGUUAGGAAGUCGCCGAGGUAGGAUAUUAAUGAGAAGGGAUUAUUCAAUUGGGUUUUUAGGGGGAGGGGAGAUUUGAUUCUUGGGUUUUGAUGGAUUGGAGAAUUUUUUUGAGUUUUUUUGGGGAAUUUUCCUGGGGGGCUUGACAUUUUUGAAGGAGACUAAUUAUUGAUGGGAAUUUGAUGAGUUGAAUUUAGAAGUUCUUGGGAAUUUUGAAAUUAUCUGGGCGAGGAGUGGUUCUAGGGGGAAAUGUCAAAAGAAAUUCUUUAUAGCUGAGAAAAUCCUCGAUGAAAAAUGUUUUUUGGCAUUUUUGGCUACAACUAUUCAUUAACGGGAUAAUUACAUCAUUACAUUUUCACCUGGAUGCAAAAUUCAAGGUUUAGAUGGGUCAUUUCUUCGAAGAAAAUUUUUGGAGAAGAUAAAAUUUCUGAGGACAUUUUUGGAUAAAAAACCUCGUUCAUGAGAUAAUUAAAGGUUUAUGAAAUGAGGAAUUGAGGAAAUUCACCAGUUGAUUGUUGACAUUUCCAUAAAUUCUGUAAUUACCUAAAAAAUGUCGCCUGAUAUUUUUCUCUAAAUUAUCAAGACAUUUUCAUAUUGAAGACGUAGUAAAGACGAUAAAAUUGAAAAAUUGACGAGUUGCACUCUGAAUUCUUCAUUAGCUCUGUAAUUAUCCCAUCAAUAAUUACUUUCAAUUUAAAAGAUCAUGAAUUACUCUUUCUCAAUAGUGAAAUUCCCACCAAAAAUGUCGAAAGAAAACCCACCCUAAAACCCAAUCUCUCACAUUUCAUCCCUCCCCUGACAAUGGAAUCCAAUAAAAAAUUUGAUCGAUUGGAAUUCGCGGAAUAGCAUGAAGUUCUUCGGAAUUCCCAAUUCCCGAAGAAUUAUUAGAAAACAAACAACUCAGUGGACUUCGUACUUAAAAAAAAAAUUCGAUUUCAUUCGCUGAAGUAAAAAUUCUACUAAAAACAAAUUGCAAUGAGCAAUUAAAUUCCGAACAACUGAAUUCCAAUCAAAAACGAAAAAUAACGAAACAAAAAUACUUAAAAAUAUUGAAUCGUACAAAAGAAAAAAAAUACGAGCGAUCUGUCAUGUGUUCAAAGACGUAAAAAAAAAAAACGUAACUAAAGUGUUUUUGGGGUACUAGUGGGACAAAGGAAAUAUCUACUCAUAAAAAAAAAGGUUGCUCAAGGCACUGCCAUCUUGUCUACGAGAUAGAGAAUCAUCGAUAUUUCGUUUUCAUUAUUGAAUUAUUUAUUUAAUCACUGAUAAACGAUUCCCCAGAGCGUACUUAAGCCUUCAUUUACCCAUGUAUCAAUAAUUUCUCAUUAACUAUUGUUUAAUUAAUUAAUUAAACCACAAAGUGAUUAAAAAAAAUACGAGUAUUCGAGCAACUUGGCUGGUGGCCCUGAAAAACUAUUAAAAAAUGAAGGAAAAUAUUUAAAAAUAUAAAAAAAAAGUGUCGGCUGUGAGCUUCCAAGCAAAUAA